AGGCCCACGAUAACCACUUUAGAGCAGAGGCGAGUGAGUGGGUCGGGUUUCAGCUGUUCAGAGAGCGCUCUGGUGAUCUUGCAGAGAUAGAAGGCUAGAUAGAGACUGUCGUCUGGGACACUGAAGGACCGCUUUGAAGAUCUCGUCAAAUGGCAAAGCUGAACCACAAGGCAAAUGAAUAGAGCUCCCUUUCAAAUCGGACAUGACUGAUUGAUUGAUCCAAAUCUACAGAAUGCCACAUAUUACUUUGAUAUAGACACUCAUCUGAAGAUAGUAAGGUGGUUGGAGAAGAGGACAGCUGCAACUUGCCCAAGGCAACUCCCCUGUCAAAAGUUAGGUCGUAAGGAUUAAUAUCCCUUACAAUUCGCUUUUCACCUUUCUCCCGAUGAAUAUUGGAAUCUAAUAAACACAACAAACAUGGAAGAAGAUCAACACUGGGGAGUUGCUGGUAGAAGUGUAGGUAGGACUUGCAGUGAGCACCCUUGCAAAAAACGCUUUUGGAGGAAUUGGAAAGAUUUGUCUGGUAUAACUGUCUGCAUCGCAUUCUCUGUAUUGUCUCUUGGAUUUUGCAUUCUCGUUUACCUGAGAACCUCGGAACUUCAGUCCAGGAUCAUAAACCUGGAAAAACAGAGAGAGACGCAGCUCUCCGCGUGGAUCUCACUCGAGCAGGUGGAACCAGUUAUCUUUGGGCGAAUAGAUCAGAUUCUGGAAGAGAAAUUGGCGGCUCGACUUCCCAAAACACGAGAGGCCAGAGAAGCGCCCCAUAGCUGUGUCUGUCCACCAGGGCGUCCUGGGUCGAGGGGAAAGAGAGGUCGCAAUGGGGAUCCAGGACCUCCUGGUCCACCCGGACGAUCAGGCUUUCCGGGUGACAAAGGAACAAUGGGAAUUCCUGGAAGAUUGGGGUUAAAAGGAUACGCAGGGGAGAAGGGAGCGCCAGGGGAGCCAGGCCUUUCUAUCAUUGGGCCACGAGGACCUCCUGGACAGCCAGGAACAAGAGGCUUCCCAGGCUUCCCGGGUCCGAUUGGGUUGGACGGCAAGCCUGGACAGAACGGCUUGAAAGGAGACUUGGGUCAACGUGGUCCCAAAGGAGUUCCAGGUGAAUCUGGUCCGAAAGGGGAAAGGGGCGUAUGUGGAGACUACAGUCACCGGGGCCUCUUUGUACAGGAUCUUCCAGUGAAAACCCUGGCUGCUGUACGUUCCAGUCAGGCUCUGACGUUUAAGAUGUUGCCCAUCACCGUGCGCAACAUGCCCCAAAUAAGCCCUCUAAUCCUAAAGCGCCUCAAGGGCGAGCCUGGAGUUCAGGGCCCACCAGGACCUCCCGGCCCCCCAGGGACCUCAGGGACCCCCGGACUGAACGGCGCAAGUGGACCACCGGGUAAACCCGGUGAACCAGGAAAACCUGGAAAAGAUCCAAGGCUCCUACCAGGGAUGAAGGGUGAGCCAGGCAUGCCAGGAAUAAAGGGUGAGGUUGGCCCUGCUGGUCCUGAAGGCCCGAAGGGACUGAAGGGAGACCUAGGGCUGAAGGGAGAUGAGGGGAAGACAGGUCUCAUAGGGGAAAGGGGAGAAAAGGGAGAGCCAGGUUUUCCAGGCACUCCUGGAAGAAAGGGUCAAGCUGGUACCCCUGGAACACCUGGUAUUCCUGGAAAGAGGGGCUACAGGGGUGACAAGGGUGAACCCAGCGCAGCAGGGACUGGCAUCAAAGGAGAACCAGGGACACCAGGACUUCCAGGCCUCUCAGGAUUCAAGGGUGACAAAGGCGACCAAGGUCUCAAGGGGGAAGAAGGAUCUGAUGGCCCAGCUGGACCAAGAGGUCCUCCAGGUGCAGCAGGGGAGCCAGGAAAAUCAGAAAUCCUCAACAAUGAAAAUGAUAUUCGGAAUGUACCUUUGAUGGGCCCACCUGGACUACCUGGCCCUCCAGGGGUCCCCGGAACACCAGGAACAAAGGGUGAAGUUGGACUUCCAGGCCCUUCAGGUCUUGAUGGAGAGAAGGGUCCUCGGGGGAAGCCUGGAGAGGCAGGUCCUGUUGGCCCAGCCGGCCCUGAAGGUCCCAGAGGGGAAGGGGGCCUGAUGGGUUUCUCAGGACCCAAAGGAGACAAGGGGGACAUGGGCCCGUCUGGAUCACCUGGUUUAGAUGGCCCUACUGCUGAAAAGGGGGUUUCUGGGCCCCCUGGCCCCAUUGGAUUACCAGGCGCAAUGGGUCAGAAGGGCGAGUCUGGAGAUAAGGGAGGAAGGUCAGACAUGGUCUAUGGGCCUCCAGGGCCUCCAGGGCCCCAAGGACCAGUUGGCCCCGCGGGACCUGAGGGACUGGGAGGGCCAAAGGGGGAGCCAGGCAUAGGCAUACGGGGAGAGAAGGGAGCAUCUGGUUCGAAGGGCGAUAAAGGGGACAGGGGCCAUCUUGGACUUCCUGGGGCUCAUGGUUUAGACGGCAGGCCUGGUCCAGUGGGUCUGAUAGGGCCAGUUGGUGUGGCAGGGCCAGCAGGACUGAAGGGAGAUAGAGGUUACAAGGGAGAUUCCGGAGUCCCAGGACCAAUUGGGCCUCAAGGCAUCCCUGGUUUAGUAGGACCACAAGGAUUCAAAGGGAACCGGGGAGAGAGGGGCAAGAAAGGCAACAGGGGAACCAAAGGGGAUAAGGGGGACCAAGGAGCACCCGGAUUAGAUGCCCCCUGUCCGUUGGGGGAUGAUGGCUUACCAGUAUCAGGGUGUUGGAAUAAAGGUCAAAAUCCUUUCCAACUGGCCAAGUAGUAGAGGUUCAAGAGAUCUGCUCAACAAAGUUUCGCACAAAGCUGCAGAAUGGAAACUUGAAGGCAUUUGGAGAUAUAUUUGAGUUUUGACCCGACCUGGGGUUGUCAUUUUACUCAAAGAUUUUCCAGCCGGCUGAACACAGAGCCAGUAACGUUGGGGGGUUCCAGUCGCAGCAGUGAGCAGACUGACUUCAAUAAGACUCCGAAACAAAAGGAUUUCACUUUCCUUUGCAGUUCUUUGUUGAAGGCUUCUCGGGUUGGAAAAGCCAUCAAAGCCACAGAGCGAUACAGAUGCAUUUCUUUGAGAUAUAUGCUUGAUAUUCAUCUAUCUUUCUUCACUAUGUGAAAGCGAGACAUUCACUUUUUAGAGUGUACAAUUUCCUGUGUUUUAUUUGACACCAACAACUGUGAUUCAAGAAUUCAGAGCAGCUCACAGAACAGACAGAUGUAAUCUCUCCGUGUUCAUGUGUUUCCAAUACAAACCAAAAAACAAAGGGAAAUGCUUUUGAUGAUUCCUGAUAUCAAACUCACUGCCUUCUCUAAUAUCCUGGGUGUUGCAGGCAUAUAACAUACUGUUUAUGUAGCUAUGUUGCCUGACCUGCGCCAAGGAAUAACUUUAUUACCAUCUUUAAGUUGGUAUACAUUUAUACAUGUCUAAUAGACAUUGUAUAUUACAUUUAUUCACAUUCUUGUACUGAGAUGUAAAACUCAACAUAUAUCAAUGCUGUAAGAGUAAGUAUUGUACAGUAGGAGAGGGUUCACACACUUUUUAAAGCGCUCACUCCAUGUUGUUGUAUAGAUAGUAUAUUGAUGUGACAUGGGAGCCUCUCAUUUUCUCCCAAAAUGUUUUUACUCAACAUAGAUCCUCUAUCAUUUUAGACUGUCUUAGAUAAUACAUCAAUGCAGUCAUACUGACAGCUUUAAAUGCGUAUUCUAGAAUGACCUGAUUCAUAUCAGUUUGUAAGAGACAGAGUACCAUAAUCUCUUUACCCUGAAAUAAGAUUCCUGAGGAAUGCCACACUAAAUGCAAGUCAUCAUGACUCGUAUUGGGUAGCUAAUUUCAGCAGGAAUAAUUUCGACACACGUUUAUCCUGUCUGUAUGAAUCGGUGGGCUUUAUGGUAACUGUUUGUCACCCUUGAAUUAUGAUAUUAACCAUAAAGAAGGUAGAUUUUUAUUGUGGGCAAAUAUUUAUGUCAAAUUCUGACAUUAAACAGCUCAUCUAAACUUGUCAUAAAACAUUAUGCUUUCAUAGUGAUGAAAGAAAGCUCCCCUGUUUUUGAAGGUAUUUUAUUUAGGAUUGUGGCUGGAGGCACAAGACCAGUUUUGAAGCUUUUGGACAGUUGGUAACAGACGUUUAGAUUCAUUUUAAACCUAAUUAAUUGCUUAUUUAGGUCGCCUAUGACAUUUUGACAUCUUGAAACAAAUGUUGAUUUGAGCAAUUGGGGUAAAGGUAUUUUAUUAUUUUCUCUUCCAAAAAUGUAUCAACAGUUUCAUUGCAUUCUUGUGUGAAAACAAAGUUUGAAGACUGAACUGCCAAUAUGUCCAUCUUCUCAACGACUAUGAUAUCUUGUGCCUUUUACUAUGUUUAACACAAACAGAAGCAUUCCUUAUGUCAUACUGUCUUCUAACCCUUCUCACACCUUAAAUCAAAAUGCACAUAAGAUAAUUAUUUGAAUAUUGAAAGAGGUGAAUACAACACAAUGCUUUGCUAGAGUCCAUAUUCAUAUCCAAAUUGUGUAUUGCAAACCAGGGCCAGUUAUUGUGGUUGUUCUUUAGAUUUGAUAAAGGCCACAUUGACCUAGGCAGGCAGUGAGGGGGAAAGAUUGAGACCACUCUAGUAUUACUGACACAAAUUGGUAACAGAAAUGUAGUUUAAAGGCAAAAUAAUCAAACCAUUUUAGACUAUAAAAUUCAGAUUUGAAAAAACAAACAAUUAAAUGUAUCUGAAUUGUUUCUCUUCACCCAAUUGGUUGGAAUGUUUGCCUGAGAACUAGGCUUACUCUGCACCUGUUGUUCACAACAUGAAGUUGAUUCUGAAUUUGGAUUAACAGCUCCUAUAACACAUGCCUUAAAUAAGAGUGGAUGAAGUCAAGUGCUGUUACUGUAUUAAAGUAAUUACUGUAAAUGCAAAUGAAUGUAAAGUGUUGCCUUAUUGUAUUGUUUAACAAAGGUUCUAAACAAGCGGCCUUCCUCCCAAGGAUGUAAAUAAUUAUGUAUACAUGUCUAUUUAGUGGAGCACUUUCGUGCAAUGACACAUAAUACAUGUGUAAUUAGGCCAUUUGAUGGUUUUCAUUUGAUUAUAAGAUUAUUUGGUUCACCUCAAAUCUUUCAAACAAGAGAGUCCAUCAUCCCCAGUAAAUAUGUCACAUUACAGCCCACAGUCCUUUAUUAAGCCUAAUAAUCCUAUGAAGAUAGUAGCUAUAUUCAUAUUCAAAGAAUCAUUCAUUAUUUUGUUACAAUGUAUUCAAAACACCAUUCACCUUAGUGCAUUUACUGUAGGGUCAUCUUUGAAAGUUUGUGUGCAUUUAAUUUCUGCUUUUUCUCACUGAUUUGCACAAUGGCAGUACUCUUUAGUUUUACAAUAUCUUCUCUGGAUAUUAUUAUUACAUGUUUGUAUUAUAUUUCUUGGUAUACAUUUCCCAGUUGACUUAACUUUACUUUGUCUUCAUCUUUUACUGUAUUGAUAUAUUAAGUGUACUCUUCAUGUAAUUAUGCAUACUUCAAAUAUAACUAUUUAACACAUAAUAUCUUAGAACAUGUCAUUCAUGAAAAACACUUAUUAACUGAUGAUAGGUCAUGUGAAAUUAUUUCUGUACCUGAGCACAAAAUGUGGUCCUUUGUAAAUAUUUGUGUUUCUACUGCAAAACACUUCACAAAAACCAUUCAAUUAAGUCUUCAAUUCAUUCUUAAUAUUAGUCAAAGCCAAUUUACAGUUAAUGCACUCUCACUUUUUAUAUGAAGAGUACACAGAUUUGUUGAGGAAUGGUGUUGUAUCCACUGUAAAGUUAUUUGAUUCAUCACUUUAGUCCACAUUACAGAUAUGUUUAUACCAGUCUGAUCAAUGCAUUCUUUUUUGUAUUAAGUGGAUGUGUCACUUCUUGAUGUCAUCACCAUUCUGUGUAUUUAAAGCAGUUUAGGAGAGGCAGGUCUAGAAACCAUGUUAGAAGAGAGUUGUAUAGUACUGUAUAAUAGUUAACCUGCUUUUGACAUCCAUUUUGUUUUCGCUCUAUCUACUAUGUAGUGUGCUAGGUAGAAAUCAAGAUGUAUAAUAUUAUAAAACCAGUUUGUGUGAUAAUCUAUCAGUUUCAGUAGCUAACUGAGAAUGGAUAUGAGGGCAUUUAUAUCAAUGCAUUUGAUGUAAAAACCAUCUGCAUGCUGAUAUUAUUUAUAAGCAUUAUUUACUACUUGACAGCAACAGUGACAUUUUACAAACGUAUGUUCUGUUUCAGCAAAAUAACUGGGAAUUUAUUUGAUAUGCCAUUUCUGCACAAAAUGAGGAAUUCUGUCAGUUAAGUGACCUUUUAUAAUUUCCUCUGCUGUUACAGACUCUUAAAUUAAUGAAAUGUAAAAUUUGAUCAUUGAAUUGAGAUGUCAACAUUUUGUUUCUUGAGAUUCAAUGUGAAUCAUCAGUAAAAAAAUUAAAUCAAUUUAAUCCAAAAUUAA